AUGAGCGGCGACGGCGGCGGCGGCCCCGCGCCCGCGCCCGGGGCGGGCGACGCGCCCCCUUCCGUGGACGAGCUCCCGCGCGGGUUCGUCCCGAAACCGCCGAAGAAGUGCUUGAACUGCGCGGCGUCGUACGAAUCGCUGAGGCGCUGCUCGCGAUGCAAGGCGGUGUACUUUUGCAACGCGACGUGCCAGCGAGAGGUGUGGAAGGAGCACCUGAAGACGUGCGUCCCCGCGCCGCUGAGCGCGAAGGCGGAGGCGGAGAAGGCGGAGAUCGAGAAGCUUCGCGCGAGGGAGGAGGCGGCGAAGACGCGUCCGCCGCCUCGACCGCCGCCGCCGCAGACGACGACGCCGCAAUCUAAGCCUGAGCAGGUCAAGGCGGACGAGCUCGUGCGAGUGCGCACCGCGAUCCUCCCCGAGGUGGACCGCCUCAUGAAACUCGGGGAGUACGAAGACGCGAUCGAGCACCUGGACGACGGCGUCGCGGUCGCGUCCGCGCACGACGAGCGCGAGCUCCUCGACUCGCUGUCGUGCCUCGUCGCGCGGUGCUACCUGAGAUUGAACAAGCCGAAAGACGCGCGCGACGGGCUUAACCCCGCGUUGAUGCAAGCGCGUCGAGAGGGCGGGAAGAACGCGAUGAAGCCGCACUCGAUCGCCGCGGAGAUCUGCAAGGCGAUGGGCGACGAGACGCAGAUGCGCGUGGAGCUGAAAGCGCUCAUGGAGGCGGCGCAGGACGCCGGCGUUGACGCGAGAGAGCAGGGCGCGGCGCUGUACCUCGCCGGGUGCCUUCUCGACGACGUCGGCGACGACGCCGCGGCGACGCCGCUGCUGACGUCCGCCGCGGACGCGGCGGAGAAGACGCGCGAUCACGGCAUGCGCGCGGGCGCGAUGAGCCGGAUAGGCCGCGCGAUGAUGCGGGCGAGGAAGCCGCGGGGGGCGAUCGACGCGUGGACCGACGAGCUUCGGGCGCUGGACGAGGGCGAACGCGCCAACGCGGAGGACGCGCUGCGGAGGGUGGACGUGUCCGAGGAGAAGCAGAAGGAUAAGGAUAAGGAGGGCGGCGAUCGCGGCGAGGGCGGCGAGGGCGAGAAACAGGAUAACGACGAUGACGCGAAAACGCCUUCGACGCCGCCGUUACCGUAUCGGCCGCUCGGGGACGCGCGCGCUCGGAGGUGCCGAGCGCACGCCAACUUGUACGCCGCGCGCGCGGUGACGAGGGAUCGCCCUCGCGCGGACGCGCACCUCGACGCCGCGCUGUCGAUCGCGAACGGGAUGGGCGACGCGCGCGACGUCGCUCGCGAGCUCGGGAAGCUCUGGCUGCAGGUGGGUCACGCGCGGCGGCUCGCGAGCGUUGGCGAGGAAGGGGAGGAGAAGGACGUCGCGGAGGCGUACGAGAGAGCCGCGGCGAAGGCGAGAGAGGCGGGGGACGACGAGACGGCGAAGGAGGCGGAGGAGGGCCUCGCGAAGAGCGCGGGGAAGAAGUCGCCGUGACGGUCGGACGGACGCGCUUCGUCGAUGCAUGAUGAUGAUACUGUACCACGUUAGCGGGCGGCGGAGAGUCCGCCGCCAAGAGAUGAAAAAUGGAGACGACCCAAGCGAGC